AUGUUCCGGGACGGGUCACAGCUUCUACCAUUGAUGUUAGUCGCACUUUUGUCCCACGCCGGUUGUAGCCUCCAUGGGAAGGCGUGUGGGAAUGAUACGAUCUUGGUCGAGACGACCGACCAGGAGCGGAUCUGCCAGCCGAUCGCUGUUGUUCAUAACAACACCAUCGCGUUCAUCGUCCAAGGCAGCUCCUACUUAGUUCACAUUUAUGAUGAAGGUCUUGUGAUGAAAAUGUUGUCUGAACCUGAGAUUGUGAAAGCUGUCCAUCUGUAUGUGUCUAAGGAGAAGGCUGACGAUCAUAUUGCUCCGCCUAGCAAGCAAAUUGAUAUUGCUCCAUCUAACCAUCCAAAUGAGAGUGUUCUCUUACAGGACGAUGGUGUCUCUGCUGAAGGGGCAGGGCAACUUAUUAUGCAAGGGCCGCAAAGACCAUUACGUAGGUCAAAAAGGUUGAAUGUGAUUCAGGUUACGGACCAAUGUGAUGAUGAAGAUGGAGACUGCAACAAUGGUGAGCAAUUCCCACCAGGUCAUGAAUCACAAGCAUUGGUCGAUGAAGAGGGUCAAGUUUACAAUCAAGACAAUGAAGUACGCAAGCGCAAGAGAACAAGCUUGCCAAUUGUCUGGAACAUGCCAAAGGGGCAAAGAAUAGUUGUAAAAUGCAAUGAAGAUAGCCAGCCUAUAGGAGAGGAAGGUGCAAUCUUGGGGAAGUUUCUGGGCACGAUUGCUAGAAAUGGGGGAUUUUGCCCACUAAACAUAAUUGAUUGGUGUCAUAUCAAAAAGAAUAGUGGUGAGGAAACAAUAUUGCAGUGCGUACAGACAAAGUUCGUGUAUCCUCGAUCAUGUGAAAAAUGGAUACUCAAAUCAAUUGGAAGAGACUGGAGGAAAUUUAAGUGUAGUUUGAAAGAUGCUUUCUUCAAUCCCGCCAUUGAAAAAAAUCCAAACAUCAAGCGAAAGGCUUUGUAUAAGCUCUGUCCAGAAGAUGUGGACAAUGAUCAAUGGCGUGGGCUUGUUAAAUAUUGGAAGUCCAAAAAAGGAAGGGCCCUUGCUGAGAAGAACAUAAUUAGCCGUUCCCUCGUGAAGGACCCACAUAAUGUUGGCACAAAGAGUUAUGCUUGUUGGGGUGAAGACAUGAGGCAAGCUGAUCCUGAAAAGAAACGACCACACAGAUCAAAGGUUUAUUUAGCAACUCACAAGAAGAAGGACGAUGCUAAUGCUAAAAAUAAAGAUAGAAAUAAGCGCCUGGAUCGAUUGGAGAGUCUAAUAACCGAACGACCAGAGUUGGCACAAAAUUUGAAUGGAAGAGUCGCAUGGGAAGGUGAUGCCCUGCAGGAAGUGUUAGGGAAAGAAAAGGUUGGACAAGUGCAUGGCAUGGGUUUGGUUCCAACUCCUAAGCAAGUCUACGGUCGUACGCCACGGUAUCUAAAGAACAUCAAUAUGACUACAACUGAUGGAUCACCAUAUGAAGUUGAACAUGAUGUUUGGGAGGAAAUAGCAAAGAUGAAAGAGCAUAUAAAAAAGCAAGACCAGAUUAUUAAAGAUAUGAAUAACAAAGAAGGCUGUGUCAAUAAUGCCAUAGAAGAGGAAAACCUCCAAUCAAAUGAUAAUGGUAUUUCUCGGUUACUAGUACUGCUUGGUAAAACAAAGAGAAUCCAGUGCAAUGGACCUGUUCAGGCACGCUCGCCUAUGCAACAUGACAUUCCUGAGGAUAAUAAUUUAUCACGUUCACAUGAAAAGGUUGGCGACCAUGAUGUCAACCAAUUACAAAUUCAACAAAAUUCAUCAUCACCACAAGACCUUGUUAUUGAUUCUGUGCUAGAGGUGAGGGAGACGAGGAAUAUUAUGGGUGAAUUUGUUUCAAGACCGAACCUGCAAGGGACUAGAACUGAACACCCACACCCAGGUCGCUCAAAAAGAAGGCGUACUUCUUCCAUCAAGGCUGCUUUCAAAGUAGUUUUAAAGACUUCAACAUAUCCCAACAAGCGGAAUGUUGCGUAUGGUACUAUUCGGAGUACUGAUCCAAGAACUAAGGCUGGUGGUAUUGAGUUAGGUGCUGAAUUUGCUCUUGUGCGCAUAGAUGAACCUAUUCUUGAUAAUGAGGAGUUGGUAAGGGAAGUUUCUGAUUGCAAGACAAUUGGUGAGGCUUUCACUUUAGGAUACUUAAUUGCCUGGCCUUCAGCUUUUAUUCGAGAGAAGGAUAGUUGA